GAAAGUCGAUCAUUUAAAAUUGCUUGUGAAAAGUGUACCUUAAAUUUUAAUUCUCCUCUUUUCUUUCAACUUUCCAGCUACACUCAUUCAGUCUUAAGAAAGAAAUCAGCUUGAAUGGCACUUGGUGAAGAUACCAUCGCAACCAAUUAUGCCAACGUACAGUCAUACAUUGGCUUCUGGCUGUUUGUUCUCUAUUGCCUAGUUGUCAUUGUAGUUGCCAUCUUCUUUUUAUUCUACUUCAAUCGUGUAGUCGGCCAGCUGCUGACAUUCUUAAUCAAUCAGUUUACGUGGAGACGAUAUAAUGCUUACAUCGAAGUAGAUUCGAUACGUGUGUCUCUACUAGGAGGCAGGAUAUUGUUUAAGAAUUUAAGAUAUCUUUCGACCAAUGCAUCUAUUUCGAUCUUAAAAGGACAUGUUACAAUAAGAUAUUGGCUCUUUAAUGUGAGAAGCACUAAAAACGAUAAAUAUGGUAAAUUGAGCAAUUUACCGUGUAGAAUUGUAUGUAGCGUAGAAGGCUUUGAAUGGUUCCUUUAUAACAACACAGCUGCUUAUAACAAAAUAAGAGAUAUACUUGGACUAUCUUCAACAGAUAUGGAUAGAGCGAAUAGUACUCUAUACGAGCAUAAAACACUCGGGAGAGCGCAUUCCGUGAACCAACUUCCGCUGCCAUCAACUGAUGAAGAGCCAUCCUUAUUAGAAAAAUUGAUGCCUUUACAAUUCCAGUGUACAACAGGUGCGAUAAUGAUUGGUAACACAGAUUUAAAAUCGAUGCUUGUCUUGAAGCUGUCGCAAGCGAGUGGAAUUUAUACCAAAGCAAAAUCAAGGUCGCCAAUGGACUAUUAUAAAACCGUUGCUGAUUGCAUACUGCGAAAAGUUCAAAUCAGUAUGAAAAAUAACAUGGACUUCACGAAUGUCGAGCCACCAAGUCAAGUCUCCUCUGAACCGUUACCGAGAGCAGCGUUUUUCUUUUGGUUAUUGAAACCAUUGAAAUGCUUUCUACCUUUUGCUUCGAUGAGACAAUACGGAAAGAUGCAACACAUGCACAAUAUUAUGGGGCAAGACAGACAGCACAAAGAAAUGAAUGAAGAAAAUACGACAUAUCACGAAGAAUAUGCAAGAGUAUCAAAUAUUGUAGAUUGCAAUGAAAUGGCAUUGACAUACUAUGCUGAUUAUGCGGGCCCUGUACCGUCAACCGAAGCAUCUGAUCAAUUUUACAACAAAAGCGUAGAUAUAGGCAACGGCGGUUUACCUCCUGAAUGGGGUAUACGAAUAUCCUUAUGGGAUGCUGUAAUUCAUUAUGGUCCUUGGGCCGAUAGACAGAGGUCACAGAUGCAAGAUUAUUUCUUCCCUAGUUCUCAUCGUAAUAAUAUACCCACAACCAAACUUAUACCCGGGCAGCAGCGCAUUGCUACAGCAUUUGAGACAUAUAUCGAAUUCAUGAAUGAUAUGAAAUUAUUGAUUCCCACACGAGAAAAAUCAAAGGAUUGGAAGUAUACCUUAGGAUCAAUGGGUUUGGACGUUGAUACUGAUGGGCAUUAUACAAGGCCUUACGGUUGGAUAAAUAUCAAAGCCGGCGAAGGUUCCUACGUACGAAUUAAUACACCUUUUGUCAUUGGUCGUGCAGGCCACACUAGCACCAUUGAUAUUGUAUUGAAGAAUACAGAAAUUAACAGUAGUGUUAAUCAUGCAUCUUUUAUACAAACAGAGAAGGUCGAGAUAUCAUGUAUAAUGCCUACACCAUUACAAUGGAACGGUUUUCGACAGUGGAAUUUUAAGCUAAAUGUGCGAAAACCUAUCAUCUUUCUAUUACGAGAUCAUAUUUACCUUUUACAAGACUUAGUCAAAGAUUGGACAGCGUCGUCAGCGCCAGCAGAUCUCUUAUAUUUUACGCCUAUGACAUAUGUUUUACAGUUUAAUUUGGAUAACCCCACCAUUAUCCUUUGCGUGAACGAUCAUAACGUUAUCAAUAAUCCGAAUUCAGUUGCAGAUAAUGCUUUCUUCAAACUGCAAGGACAUCAAUUAACUGCUAGUAUAACCUUGCCUUUUGUGACAUAUCAGCCAGAAACUACCAGUGUGAAGUUUGCUGUGAAUAUAGAGCAUGGAAGCGCUGGCUUGUCUCUUCAGACAUCACAUACUCUGAAUGCGUUCCUCAGGGAGGAAGAUUCCCAUGCUGCUGUAGCAGUAAGCCUUUCAAUUGACGGUACCUACGAUUUUUAUAAUUCUGUGGACAUAGUACGUCAUGUAGAAACUUGUAACCUGCAUAUCAAAAUAAGUGGUGCAACGGUUAAACUCUUUGGUACGUUGAUUCGAUACAUCUUCAUUUUAAAAGCCAACUACUUCGGUGAAUAUAAUCAUUUUUCAACGCUUGAUGAAUACAGAAGACGAAAAGCUAAUAAGGAAGAGUGGCUUGAACAGAAAGCGAAGCAAGCAGCAGCUAAGCCACUUUCCGACCCAUUCGAGGUGUAUCUUCUUUUGGAAUUGGAUGAUGGUGUUUUGCUUCUACCAGAAAACUUAUAUGAGUGCUCAAGAUACUCUCAAUUGGAAUUUCAGGAAUUGCAGCUGGAACUGCGUAAUUUGGAUGUGUAUUUAGAUAUGUAUCUGAAUAUAAGCCCAAUAACUAUAAGCAGAGAUAGCAAUCCUACUUCACAAUCAACAGAAGGCCUUUUCCGUAUAAAAAAUGCUCGUGACCCUAAAAAUUACGUUUAUGUUGACGGCCUCAAUGUUUCUGCACAUCGUCUUUUCGGUCCAUUACCACAAUGCUUGACUUACCUCUGUCAUUGGGAGUUUGAUAUUGGCCGCAUAACUGGUGAAAUCAAACCAUCAUUUCUGUUGGGGCUGGGCUCUUUUGGCCAAUCUUUUGCCUAUAACAUGAUUGACGAAGAUAAUGCUGCUCCCCAAGAAUUAGAAAGCAAAAACUUACCAGAUGUGACUUUUUUAAAACUGUUUGUUCAGGAAGUGGAUGUCUGUCUUAUGAGUAUGAACAGUGCUACUAAUAUUAAAUUAGCAGAAGGCAUUCUGCUGGAGUUCGACAAUUUGAUCAACAUUAAAUACAGUCAACGAAUUUCUUUGAAAAUUCCUCAGGUAUUAGUACGCUCGUUAGCGAAUCCUGAUCAAGCACGUGGAGAUACUGAUAUGGAUGAAGAAAAUUAUUCUUGGGUUGAAGUAGCUAAAGCCGACCUUGGUUUGAACGUAACAAUCUUUCGACAAACAGCAUCAUGGAGAAUUUUACGAGAAAAGCAACAAGAAUUUAUUAGAGCUCAAGAUUAUCCUACGAGACGAUGUUCUAAAUUAUAUGAAAACGCUGAAACCCCCAAAUCAUCAGUUCAGCACAGCGACAAUCAUCAUGUAGGGGUUUUAUAUGCUCCGCCCUUCAGGCCUUUCACGUUUGGUCAUGUAAAUGAUACUUCAAAACUCUACAGUAGCCAAUUAUCAACUUCAGCAGAGCAACUCAUCUAUUAUGAAGAUUUUAGAAGUUAUGGUGAUGACGAAAGUAUCUCUAGCUAUGAUGCUACUUCAGGUAGCUCGUACGUAUCAGACUAUUCCGAGCAGGAAGACGAAAGCUAUGUUCACGACGAAAUUUACGAAGCUCUGUCAAUGAAAAGUGGCACUAUUAAAGAUGUCGAAUCCUUCCAUACAGCAGAUAACACAGAUUACGAUAAUUAUAGCUAUGUAGACGAUUUUUCAACAACAUCAAAAGAAAAUAGUGAUGAACAGAGUAGUAGCUAUAACACAUCGUAUAAUGGGCAAACAGAUACAGCUAUCGAUAAGCAGCAUCAGUUAAAUGAGAAAAACCUGGUUGCUGCUAUCCCUCCGUCUAUUCCUUACAGUGAUUAUCUCAGACGUUAUAAAGUCAAAAGAUAUGGCUCUGAAAUCGACUACGGCAGCUUCUUCCAUUCAUUCAUGCCUCCGUCAAAGCCCCAUUUCAUACCAGAGAAGGAAUGCGAAAACAAAGAUACUCCAAUUCAUAACUUUGUAAAACAAAAUUCGACAGACUAUUUCGGAAACGAUGACGACAACGGUAUUUCAGAAAAUACUGGAACCGAUGGGCAAGGAAAUGAAGUACUUGCUACUAUUGUCAUUGAGGCAACCAAAGCAGUAACUAUCCUCGUCACUCCAAUUCUUGUUAAAGUGGUUCAAGAAUUAGCAGAAGAGAUCAUAAAAGAUGAUUGGGAUUUAGAGACAAUGCUGGACACUCUCCAAAUGAAGUAUAUUGAACAGUUAACACGUUAUUUAACUGAUCAAUACAUAUGCACACGGUUUGCUGUGAUACUUCCACAGACUUACCUUCAAUUCAUCCAGAAUGCUACUAUGCCCAACGAUCUCCCUUCUUACAAGCAUGGGGAAUCUGUUGUAAAAACUCAAUAUAAUUCUGAGGGUACCGUUCUCUGUUCUGCAGACUUUUCACUUAACGAUUUGAAGUUGAUGGGAAGAGUUAGGUUUGAAGAUUACGCCUUCAAUGAGAAGAAGAACAAAAUGGUGGAAUCGAAACUUGUGCUGCAAGAGUCUAGAGUUCAUUUUGACUUGGAUAGUAUCGGUUCAACAGUGCGCUACAUUUCAAGGCAACGCGAACAACAUCCCAUCGAUUUUGGUAUACCCUAUGAACGGUUGAGAAACAAAAAACGCUAUGCUGAUUCGGAAAAUGAUAAUACUCUCAUUGAUGAGUUAGUAAUGUUAGACUUGUCAGUAAAAGAGUUUAAUGUCAAAUGGUUAGGGGCCAUGAUACCCAAUUACGUUUCGUUGAAUUUUACAGACGUAGACACAAUCAUCAUCACUGAAUCCGUUGAGAUUCUGAUGGGUGCUGUAUAUUCCUGGCUGGUCUUUGUUGACGAUCUUAAGGGUAUCUUGGAGGGCUUCCGUGAACAACGAACAAGGCAAAUGCAAGUCUUCAUUAAUGCUAUAGCCAAUUUCUCAAUCACGCGAGGUGUCGUCGGCGAUCCUGCGUUUUUAACAACACCAACUACAAUGCUUAGGCUCGGUUCGAGAAAUUUUCGUAACGAUUGUGGUUGGAAAUUACUAGCACGGAUGCGUCAUUGCUUACGGUCAAUGCCUCUAUCGACAAGAGAAGCGCUUCAAUAUCGUCUUACAUCCGGCCAUGCAUUACAGGAAUUAGAUUCGGAAGCCAUGUUCGAUAACGUUGUUAAUACAUUCUCGUUAUGGCGUAGUUGGGAAAUAAGCAGUGUUGAUAUACAAAAUUGUCGUCUAUUUACGCAACCAUUCAAACAAACGACACGACGAACAUCAUCAAUUGAUAUUGAAAAUACGACGGAUCGUGUCAUACGAUUUUUGGUAUCAUCAACCAAUCUGGCAAAGUUGUCUCUAAAGAAUUUUAAGUUCGCCAUUUUUGAAGAAGAAGCUGCACAUCUGAACAAGGAAGACAAUAGUAUUUCCAUUGAAAAUGUCAACUUUGCUUUUGAAGCUUUGUAUAAGAGCACACUCGUAUCCCCAGUCGUGGAGCCAACCACUCAUGGUCAUUCGAAACCAUUCAUAGUGCCCGAAGGUUAUUUGGACAUUGUAACCAAUCUUAAUAUUGGCGGUAUAGAUAUUACGACAAACCCAAUUGUUUUAGCAUUUGCGAGACAUAUGUUGUUGGUCCAACGUGUAUUUGCUGCAAAAUUAUCCAAUCUCUCUCAUACCAAGAAACUGACUAGUAAAGCAGAGGAACUAUCGUAUGCAGAUUUCUCUCAGGCAGCUUCUAUUGCUGAUAACCAAACACAAUUCAACUUUGAUUCAUUCUUAAGCAAGAUCGAUAUAGUUGUACAUGCGCUUCUGAAUGUAGAUGGAGUGCAAUUGAUGGCUGACGCACGUGAGUUAUGCAUGGAGUCGAAUGUAAAGGGAGUUUGCGGCUCUAUUAUGUUGUCAAAUCCCAAACUAUCACCGUUACAUAUUAUCAAUAUUGAACGAGAAUCUGAUACCGGUUCUGGUAAACGUAGCUCUAACCGUGCUUCGAAACGUAAUGGAAAUCUCGAACCACGUUUGCUCUUAGAGGCUACUGGCGGCAUAAACAUGGUGGAUAUUAAGUUUAAAGAGGAAAUACCACAGAAGCAAAGAACAGCUGUACUAUUAGGAGUAUUGAUUAAAAAGGCCAACGUUAAUGCAAACAUAACACAAGUGCCGAAAAUCUCCAAGAAACAUAGCAGCAAAUCCGAAAGCAGCAAAAACAUUCUCAAUGUAUUUUCUAACAUUCAAAAAUUCCACAUCGAUGCUCCUCAAAGUUUAUUACGUCUUUAUGGCUUUAUUGAAUCAUGGCAAGCUGAACAAGGACGACGCUAUCAUUUUAUGUUUCAAAAUCUAGUGAAAGAAUGGGAGGAACAACGCAAGGAAUUAAUGAGUAUUUCGAAGGAUCAUGCGAAAAAUCAGAUUUUAUCAACUAGUCUAUCUGAAACAACUACAAGAAAACCGUUCAUCACAGAUGUCAAACUCCAGUUCUUGCUCAAUGAAUUUGUUGCGAAGGCUGACCUUCUACCGUCAUUAAGUGCAAAUUAUCGAAUCGUAAACUUUUUCAUCAUGGUUGAUCAAUUGCAGCAUAAAUCCGAACCCGCAUUUACGUAUGCAUUUCAACUGUCAAAGCAGGUUAUUCAGCUCGUUACCAAGGAUACUCGAAAAGCUAAAAGCACGCCAAUCGUUGAUAAUGCUAGCAUUUUCAGUAUUCCUGGUAUUCGCAGUACAGGGUCUAUCCGGAAAGAGAUAGUCGAUGGCGUGGCUCAAACGAAGCUACAGGCGAUUAUCACAAUUGACAUAAUUUCUUUGUCUUUGAAUGUUGGUUUGAUUGACUCGUUAUUGACAGCCCAGUCUCUCGUCGGGAAUGAACUUAGUGAGCUUGUCGAGGUAUUAUCUUACUCUAAACGAAAUAGCACUCUAUCUGCUUCCACAGAUACAGGAUCUGCCAUAAAAGCAGAUAAAUCCAAAUACUUCUUAUAUGCCAUAGAGCUAUCUUUAGACGGUCUAAGAAUUUCCGCUUCCAGUCCAGGGGCCAUCGGUGUCUUUCAAUCGAACCUCUUAGAGGCUACAUUGUGCAAUGAAAUCACAGAGAAAACAGUAUCUGAUUCAAAUACCAAGUUGUAUUGGAAGCUCCAGGCAAAACAUUUCUCACUUUCGUUGGAUCAUGACUUUAAUGAAGAAACAUCUAGUGGUUGGAAUACCACCACAGAAAACAACAUCUAUAAGCGUGAUUGUUUAGCUUACAUUACUCUCGAUUUCACUUUGCAAAACUAUUUACCAAAGUGUAAUAUUGACAAUUGUCAGAAAGAUACCCAUGCACAUGAUAGGGAGGGUGAUUUUGAAUCAAUUUUUGUGGAUCUUAGUCGGGUACGAACGGUGAUGCAACCUAUCGCACUUGGUAAGCUUGCAGAUAUGUACAUCUACUAUGACUCAGAAUUGAAAAAGAAGAAGCUGAAAAAGAAGGACGAAAUUGAUCAGCUUUCUGCCAACACUAAACGAAUUGUACAAUCGUUUUCAACCAAAGACGACUGGCCGAAGACCUUCCAAAAUGAACCACAAACAUUAUUGCGGGAUAAAUUGAUCAGCAUACGCGUUCAACAAUUAGGUAUUGCAAUUCCAUUAACUGUUCAAGCAGAUGCGUCAUUGUUGGAGUCGAAUCGAAACGGUAGUGCUUUAUUAUUAUCCAUAUCAUCUAUCGAAUUUACGACGAAAAAUAUCGAAAAAAAUGCAUUGGAGUUAGAGAAUAUCUCAGUGCAAUUCGUACGGCGAUUCGAUCAAAACAAAGCUGACCACUUCAUUGCUGAAAAACAUCCACAAAUGAACCAGAUACAAUUUCCAUUCAUUUCAUGUCGUGUUGCAACAGCAUUAGAAAACGUCAAGCGUUCGGUAGAUAUAGAUGCCCAUGUGAAAGGCUUCGCAGUUGCUAUGGAUGGCUCAAUCGCCGAUUACAUAAAUACAUUGAAUGUUAUCUACCAUAAAAGUAUGGACCGUUUUGAUGCAUUUACUACAAAGGCGUUCCACGAGACACAAUGCGAAAGACAUACAUCAUCUAGUUCAAUGGAAGCUGAGUCUGAUAACACCAGUGCCGCUCCUGAACUAGUAUACCUCGACAUAGGCUGUAAAUUUGAAUGUGAAAGUGGCGUCAUUCGCCUCUAUCCCAAAAGAUUUACAUCAGAUAUACCGAAAAGUCGAAAGAAACCCAGAACAUUGCGUAUAAAUACCAGUUUUGACUUUAAGAGCGUUGAGGGCAAUAUGGCCACUAUAGAACUUCCUAGUCUCAGCACAUUGGUCAAUUACGAAACACCGCUUGGAAGUCUUUCUAAAAACACGCCUAAAAGACUCUACGCCGACAUAUUGAUACAGGAAAGCACGAAUACACUUCAUCCAGCUCUUGCUCAGUUUCUGCGCGAUGUCACUGCGGGGCUCAAGACAGGGAUUCAACAAAAAAAUGAACGAAGAGCAGCGAAGAAUAAUAAAAAGGAGAUUUACACGAAUUUGGAUGCCACUGUUUUAUUACGUUUAUCCAGAACACAAGUGGAGUUGAGUUGUCAACCUAAUUCAAAAGUUUCAUGCUCUUUUGGAUGGGAAGAUAGUGAAUUCUUAUUCAACGCUUUCUCAUCUGGCAAACACUCUCGUACAAUUAGUUGUUUGAGCUCCUUCCAAGAGAUCAAAGGGAUAGUUAAGCAUCACUUUUCGCCAGAGCCUUGUCUUGUGGUAGGACUGAACCGUAUUAUUUUAAAUGCAAUAUUGUCCUCUCAUCAAAGCGACAAUAAGGAUGUCAAUGAAGUAUCAGUUAUCGUCAAACUACCUUUGAUAUCCGGUAAAUUGAACAUGCGCCAUCUCCAAGAUUUGCUAAUUCUCCAAACAUGUUGGCUCGGUGAUGAGAAACCGUUUGAUCCAGCGGAUAUCGCCAAGGUUUCUCAAAACAAACAACAGCACGUUGAAGGCGAAAGCACUCUUGUGAAUGCAGAGGAAAAUAUUAAUGUCGAUGACGGUACUAUAGCUCAUGUUACUCUAUCAUCGUCAAAACACUUGGCUAUUCAUAUCCAAAAUAUGCAGUUUUCAGCGGAUUUAGGACAGAAUAUCGGAGAGAUCACGCUGAUGCCAGAAGAAUUGUCGGUUCUGCUACACAAUACACCAGCACAGACUAAAGGAUUGGAUGUAUCUCUCGAUAGCAUUAAAGUUAUCGCUGAUGGCAGACUCUCUGGGAAAGCGCAUUUCAAAAAAGCACUCAUUCGUGGCUUUAUUGAUAAAACUACAAAGCAAUCGACAGUUUAUAUUCACUCUGCUGGUUUUACAGCCGGUUUUGCUUAUGAAUAUCAAAAUAUCCUCGAUGCCAUACAGCAACCUUUGGAAAUCGAUAUUUCCUUACUAAAGCUUAAUGACCGAUAUGAGCUCAACGUUGACGCAACUCUUGAAGCACUAAUGAUCAGGAUUUCAGUAAAAACAGUACCAGUGAUCAUAACUAUGGUGCGAAAAUUCAAAGAAUUACUCCAGAAGAAGAAGAUUGAAGCUGGUAUUUCAUCGGAGACUUACCACUCGGCGCUUAAUACUCAAAAGGGUGCUAUUACUUUAGAAACUCUACCUAAGAAAAAGAAAAAAAAUGCAGAUCACAAGACAACAGCUAUCCAAAGUUUGAUAUCCGUAGCUGUCAGAGCUGUAGAAGUUUUAAUCUAUCCUAGCCAAUUUCAAGACACGGAUAAUGUUGACAUGCGAGCUAAACAAUUUCAGCUUAUAUUCAAAGGUUUGGCGAACAACGAAGAGGCGGAGCACAGAGUUUUGACAAUCAAGCUAUUGAGUGCAGCGCUAGCCAAAAAUGUUCCUGGAAAGGAUUUAAUGGUGUAUUAUAGCGAUCUCUUACAUAUCGCUGAAGGAAGACCAAAGCAUUCUGGUGGAACCAAAAUUUUUGGUAUUCCAGACACUGAAAUUAAAAUGAAAUCAAUCCAGCUCGAAACAGAUAUAACAUACAGUUUUGAUGCCGUUUUUGGAGGGCGUAUCAGUGUAUCUCUUAAUAUUGGUCUGAUAAGAUACCUUCAAGAAAUGAUUAACAUUUUUAAUAUGCAACUUGACCGUGCUUUGAAGAGAAACUCUGGUAGAUAUUACAUUAAUGUGGAGGCUAGUACUCCAAUGAGUACGAAUAGUAAUGGGGACAUGGAAGAACUGGAGGGUAAAGAAGAGUCCAUAGAAUUAUCACAGGUCGAGGAUAUCAACCCAGCAGAUAAAUCAUCAGCUUUAUUGAAGCCUUUACAAACACAAGGAGAAGAAAAACAAGAAGAUAUAACGGUUAAUGACCGUUAUACGUAUACAGCUUUAAACUCUGUGAACUUCCAACCUCAGUUACAGAUUAUGGGUGAAGCAACACCACCAGUUGAAUGGUUAGGCCUCAAACGAGAAAGAAUUCCAGGAUUGAUUCAUGAAAACAUAACUCUACAUCUGGAUAAGCUUUCACGUAUUAUCUGGGAGCAUUUAAACUCACAAAUGGAUCAAUAAAUAGCAUUACGUUUUCUACUCGUUUCAGUUGUUCUCAUGUUUCCAAACUGUCAGAUCAAAAAACUCCAAAUUUGAAUAACUUUCUAAAUGCCGAAGA